AUGAACCACACUGUCCAAACCUUCACUCCCGCCAACACUGACCGUCCCCCCAACUAUGAGAUGCUGAAGGAGGACCAUGAGGUGGCUGUGCUGGAGGCGCCACACAACCCUGCUCCCCCGACAUCCACCGUGAUCCACAUCUUCAGUGAGACCUCUGUGCCCAACUAUGUCAUCCGGUCCCUGUUCAACACCCUCUUCAUGAACUCCUGCUGCCUGGGCUUUAUAGCGUUAACCUACUCCCUGAAGUCUAGGGACAGGAAGAUGGUUGGCGACCUGACCGGGGCUCAGGCCUAUGCAUCCACUGCCAAGUACCUGAACAUCUGGGCCUGA